ACUAAUUGUGUGACCAUUUAGAUCAUCCCAAUGAAACUUUGAGGUUCAGAAGCAACUGAAAAUACAUAAAAAGAAAGGAAGAAGAUGAUCAUCUCCUGUAGAUGCUUCCAUUGAGAUUAUGCCACUGAAAUCAGCGCCUCACUGUGGCCGAGCGCAGCUCUGGGCGGAGAGAUGCAGUGGGCGAGGUUUAGCUGUACAAGACAAAAGAAAACGUUAAACGAAAACAAAGCGGGGCUGCUUGAUCUCCUGUCCAGGGUUUCCUGUCCUGCUUUACUUAUAUCCAAGGGUAGGAAUUUGUUUUUAUCUGCAGCGCUAGAUUUUUGCACUCCUUUACGACGAAAUGCAAAUAAGGAAGCGCGUAAGAUCAAAUACCUCCUGAAAGAACAGAGACUGUCAAAGAGUUUAUUAGAGCGAAAUUAUUUUCUGUUACAUUGUAAACGAGCUACUAGUUACAGUCAGUGUAAACUAGCUUUUAUAUUAUAUAUAGAGAAUCGCGCAUAGAAUAUCACUUUUCCGGAAAUUAACCAUAGUUUUUGGACGUGACAGUUGGCUGCAGUAUAAGGUCAUUCGUGCGCACUCACCUUUCGUACCGUUUUUUAAAGAAAGACAGUAUAUUUCAUCUCAGCUGGAUAUUUUUGAUGCUGUUAAGAAUAAAUGAACAAAAUAACACCACCAGGCCUAGAAAAGAUUAAAACCAGGUUUUUAUUUUAAAAGCGAAAACAGUACAAAUCGGAAAUGAACGGGUUUCAGUCCAGUCCUGCGGAUUGUCCGGCUGGAAGCGUCUGUUCUAUUGAAGGACUGCCACCGUUACCUAAAGGACUGAGCGGUAUCCUAAACUCGAGCGGGGGAUCCUGGAGGGACAUUGAGAAGGUCUACAGCAAGAGGACCCGCAUCCAGGCGGACAUCAGCAAGUCCAGAGUGAGCGACUGUCUUGGCCGCAGUAAACCGGCGAGCCUUGACGCAGCGCUGGCCGUGCUGCGCAAAGAGAUGGUUGGACUUCGACAGUUAGACAUGUCCUUGUUGUGCCAGUUAUGGUCUCUAUAUGAGUCCAUACAGGAAUACAAAGGAGCUUUCCAGGACAUCUCUUCUUCUCUGUGUGAGAGCUCCUUUAACACUGAAAAUGGUUAUUCUGAAGACGAAGAGGAGGAAGAUGAAGAUGAACAUGAAAGGGAGAGUGGCGAGACGCUGUUGUCUCUUCCUCAGCCCACUCAGAACUCUCGAGACCAGUGGAUCAAAGACUCCUUCCACAUCCCCAUAUAAAUAAAGCAUGUGCUCUUUCAGCUACAGUAUGGAUCUGAUCUCCCAUGAUCCCUAUCCUUAUAAACGCUGACAAACAUGACCCCAUUGUUUGAAGGAUUCCAUACGUAUCAAAAAUGAAACAAGGCCUUUAUUUUUGUAGGAUACUAUUACAAUGGUGAUUGUAAGGUUGUUUCAAGGGAGCUAUGAAAAACUGCCUUUUCACUGCCUGUGAAGUCAUAAAGACCGGAUGAGGACUGACAGGAAGAGGAUGUCGUAGCCAGAAACAGUGUGGUCGAGGAUGUUUUUCUACAUAUGGUGUAUACAUCAAAAACAGACAUGCCUUACAUACUAUUCUCGUUUGUGGUAUCAAAUCACAGUUUCAUUAUACUAUGUAGAUUCGUCAGAUGUAUAUGAUCACUUAUCACUCUAUUUUCUCGAUCACUUACCAGCAUUUGAGAUACUGUUUAUUUUAUUAUACAAUUUUAUUUUUUUCACUUCUGUCUUUCAUUAGUAAGUUAAACACAAUGUGAAUGUGCUUUUCUGUACAAAAAUGAAAAAUAAAUAAAAAUGUAAAAGUUUGCUUCAAGAA